AUGGUCGAAGUACUUAAAACUCAAAUACAAUCGGGUGCUUCACCAUCACGUAUUAUUGCAUUAGGUUGGGUUCAUCAUCUAUUUGAAUGUCUUCAAGAUCAGAUGGCUUCACAUAUCGAUGUUCUAUUUCCAACAUUAUUUCGUGUAUUAAGCGAUCCAUCUGAUGAGUCUCCAACAUCAGUAACUACUACAUAUUCACCAUUAUUAUUACGAAAAAAGUUUAAUAAACAGCAACAUCCAUAUACGACAGAAGCUGUGCUUUUGGUUUUACAAGUUUUUGCAUUAAUAUCAACAUCAAAUCGAACAAAUACAGAUAGAAAUUAUAAUGAUUAUUUUACAAAAUUUAUUAUUGUACUUAUGGAUUUAUUUCGUACAGAUCGACCGCUUUUAGAAGCUCGUGGAUCAUUUAUUAUUCGGCAAUUAUGUAUGCUUCUUUCACCCGAAGAUAUAUAUAAAACAUUAUCUGAAACAUUAGCUAAUGAACCUGAUACUAAUUUUGCUUCAAUAAUGGUUAAAAUUCUUAGUUCAAUAUUAUUAACCUCAACAGAAUUAUAUGAUUUAAGAGUUAAAUUAAAAAAUUUACAAACAAUAGAAAGUGCUGAUUUAUUUGUAUGUCUUUAUAAAACAUGGUGUCAUAAUCCAAUAGCAUUAGUUGCAUUAUGUUUUUUAUCACAAAAUUAUGAUCAUGCUUGUACACUUGUUCAAUUAUUUGCGGAAAUUGAAGUGACUGUUGAUUUUUUAAUUGAAAUCGACAAACUUGUUCAACUACUUGAAUCACCUAUUUUUACAUAUCUUCGCUUGGCACUUCUUGAUGUAGAAAAUAAUCAAACAUUAAUUCGUGCAUUAUGUGGUUUAUUAAUGUUAUUACCGGGUAAAACAGAUGCAUUUCAUAUAUUAAGAAGACGUCUUGAAUGUGUACCGAAUUUUAUUGAUAAAUUUACAUCAGUUGAUAAACGCAUUGUUAAUUUAUCAAUAAAUACUAAAGAAAAUGGAACUAUAAAUGAUUCACGUAAAAAUAUUAAUUUUGAUGAAUUACAACAAUAUUAUUUAUCUAUACAGAACAAACAUGUAGAUUCAAAAAGACAAAGAUAUCGUUAUGCACCUACGUCCGAUGGCUUAUAA